CGCCCCGCCCCGCACGGAACCCCGCCCCGAGACCGCGGCCGCGCCCCCCGAGACCCAGGCCGGCGGAGCGAUGGCUGGCUGCGAGGAGCUGAGCGUGCGCGGCUUCGAGGAGUUCAGCCGGGCAGUGGAGCGGCACCGCGACAAGACCAUCUUCGCCUACUUCACCGGCUCCAAGGACGCGGGCGGGCAGAGCUGGUGCCCCGACUGCGUGCAGGCUGAACCGGUCGUUCGAGAGGGGCUGAAGCACAUGAGUGAGGGCUGUGUGUUCAUCUACUGCCAGGUGGGAGAAAAACCCUAUUGGAAAGAUCCAAAUAAUGACUUCAGAAAAAAUCUGAAAGUGACGGCAGUGCCUACACUACUUAAAUACGGAACACCCCAAAAACUGGUGGAAUCUGAGUGUCUUCAGGCCAACCUCGUGGAGAUGUUGUUCUCCGAAGAUUAAGAUUUGAUGAUGGCAACUGUGUCUUGAUGUCCUGAUUUGGUCUAGUACGAAGGCAACUGUGUACCUGCUUUGAAUUCAUGUUAGCAAUAAAGAAAUGAUGAUGUGAAACAAACUGGUUUCUGUCUAAAUAUAAAGUGCUAUUAGGGACACCUGGGUGGCUCAGUUGUUAAGCUUCUACCUUUGGUUCAGGUCAUGAUCCCGAGUCCUGGGAUCCAGCCCCGCAUUGGGCUCCCUGCUUGGCAGGAAGCCUGCUUCUCCUUCUCCGGAUCCCCCUACUUCUGUUCACUCUCUCGCUGUGUCUGUCAAAUAAAGGAACAUAAUCUUAAAAAAAAAAA